UUGUAUUAUGAUUUUUGAAAACGUCGAAAACCAACCAAAACCGAAAAAAUGUUCAAUAAUAUAAGGAAUAUGCUUUUUUCAAGAGCUUGCAAAUCUUUGUUGUGUUUUAGUCUAAGCAAAAACAUAGUUACUUUAUCUCGAUCAAAGAUUCACCGUGUUGUUUUAUGCAACAGUUAUUUGUAUAACCUAGAAACAAAUCGACUCAAAAGUAAAGCAGGUAAAAGCAAACUGAAUCAGGGAGAGUUUGAGACAGACAGUACAGGAGAAAAGUCAGAGGACGAUUUUUUGACUACCGUUAAGGACAGGAACACAAAAACCCUGAAAGUUGAUGUUCCCUCACUCAGGUUUGAUGCCAUACUAAAAGCAGGACUAGGUCUGUCCAGAAACAAAAUUGAAGCUUUGUUCUAUGAGAGUAGAGUGAGACUCAAUGGGGAAAAGGUUCUAAAGAAAAGUAUUGCUGUUCAAGAGGAUGAUGAAAUAGAUGUGAUAAAAGGUUAUAUAAUGAAAUAAAUAUAGCCAGAAUGUGAAGGUGAUACGUCCAUAAAUAAUAAAUUUUGUGAAAUCAGGAAUGUAUAUCCUGAUUGUCAAUAAAAACCAUGAGCAUAGAUUUCUGCAUCUUUGGAGUAUGCCUUUUUGGAAUCUUGACAGAAGACUAUGAACGGAUUAUUUUAUUUUAUGAAUUUUUUUUUUAAAUGUAAACGACCAUGUGCUUCAUAUUGGUGCACACUCUGUUUUCUGCACAGACCAUGUGUCCCUAUGUGGUCACAGUCAAAGGUAAUGUUUCAAGUCAUAUGGGUCUAAUAGGGGUUAUAAAUAAAUACCUGGUUCAGAAGCAAAUUUCAAAACUUUAGCGCUGAUCGUUAAUGUGUAAAAGAAAAGGUCGUCCUGAUUUACAUUAAUUUAAAAAAGAUUGUUUUGGAAAGUACAAAGUGGUUCUCUCUAUUGUGAGUUUUGAAUAAAACGAAUAUUUCUUGAGUUUGUUUUUGUGUUAAAAAGGGAAUUAUAAAAGGAAGGGUUUGUAUAG